CGAGGAUGAAUUUUAAUGUAUCAAUUCCAUGGAGAAAAUGCUCGUGUGUCGAAAAUCCACCCUCACCCGGUGGAAAAAAAAGAGCAAACUCAAGGGGGGUUUAGUGUUAUGCAGAGGAACAAAGCAGAGUCAGUUGAAGCUCGGUGGUCGUUGGAAACGGACGGAAAAGUUGUGGAAAAGUUGUCGAGGAAGUUUUCUUCCUCAACAAGGAAGUCCAUUGUACAUCGUAGCCCAAAAAAGGGAUUUGUUCUUUAUUCAAAGUUUUGAGCAAGUUUUAAAAAAAAAAAUAACGAUUCUUUUGACUAAAGUUGAGCAGAAAGUGGUCGGAAAAUUAUUGUGAAAAGUGCAAAAGAGUACAGUGUUUAAUUUUCUGCUUUAAUCAGUCACAAACACCGGUGUUUGUUGCCAAAAAGAGGCACAUCAGAAAAGCCAAGAGAUAAUUUUGUGGACAAGAAGAGAACUGUUUGAUUUGUACGUUAAUUGAGGGUGGGAAAAUACAAGUAAACCAACCAAAAAAAGAGCCAAAAUCAAUUAUGACGCAUUUUCCACCAACGAUUUUCAUCCUCAUGAUGGUGCUUUUAUCAGCGUCAUGGGUUUCAGGAAUAUGGGGAGAAUUUUCUCUGACCGACGUGGAAAUGACCGUGCCAAUUGGUGAGGAGAUGAUGGAGCUCAUUAAACACUCUCCCCUUGUGCGAUUGAGGCUGAAUGGGACGCAGUAUCACCUAAUUGAUUCGCAGAAUUGGAUGACUAUUGAUGAACAAACUGGCGAUAUCUUUCUCACGGAUGGAUUCCGGAAAGUUGAGCCUUCGAGGAAGUAUUCUUUCAGCAUUGCUGCCCACAACACAACCACAAAAAUUACCAUUAACCCUAAGAAAAUUCCCACCCUCGAGGGAUUCUGCAGAGAAAGUGGAGAAUUGUUUUGCUUUUGGGAUUCAGUCACGUACAGAAUCCCCGAGAGUACCAAAUCGAGUGGAAAGGUGGAGGAAAUUGGACCACUAUCCUCGGGGUUUCUCAAGAAAUUCUGCCCAAAUGUUGUGGUAAAACACAAAUUGAUCAAUGGGAGUGAAUUUUUUGACAUCAGAGAAGGGAUUUUGAGGAGAAUCUCCCUCCUGGAUCAUGAUACUUUGAAUCCAGGACCAAAUAUCUUUCCGGAAGUUGAGUGUAGGGUCACCACAAUGCCCAGGGAACCUACUCAAACCUUCCGGAGGACUCUAAGGGUGGAAAUUGUGGACAGAAAUGACAAUCCUCCGCAGCGACAGGAUGAUCAUCGUAUCACAAUUGACAUAGGUGACCCCCAUUUCAUCAAGGGUAAGCAAGUGGGGAGUCAAAAUGUGAUUUUUCUCGAUGGAGACUCCCUGCAAGUUAAUGCCAAGAUGAUGUAUGAAGUCCUAAAUGAUACAUUGGAAAUGCUCAAGCCAGAUUGCAAAGGAUACGAAGCUGAUCACAGAGGUUUGAAGACUUCGGUCAUCAAUUGCAAGUUGCUUUUUGCAAGGGAUGGAAUCUUACGAAAAAGCCCGUAUUGUGUAAUACUUCGAGCUAUGGAUACCAGUUUGAGUACCAAAGCAAACUCAGCCAAUACGAGCAUCUGUAUAAUAGCGGACCUAAACCUAAUUCACGAACUGGAUGGACCUACAGCUAUGGCUUUGUCAUCAGGAGCUCGACAGGAAAGUUCCAGAAAAACAAUGCUACAACAGAAACGCAACAACCGACGAAACUAUGUGAACGGACAAAGCGAGGCUUCUGCUAGGGCAGCCUUAGCAGAACUGGAGAGUAAGACGGCUAAGGACAUCGCUUACCCUCAUGAUAUCUACGUCCUGAGAACAGCAACCAAUAUGACAAGAGUAGCUCAACCGAAGAACAUGAUGGACUUGCUGAAAGUUCCUUCUAUCAAGUUCAAAGUUACCAGCGAUCCGAUAGAUGCCUUUGGAAUAACUCCCCUAGGAGGUAUAAUCUACGUUAGGAAUACCACAUCCUUGCAGGAUGCUAGAGAAACAAUUUACUACCUCACCAUAAGCUUUCUGAAACAAACCCAAUCUAUGGUUCUCCAUGUACACGAUGACUUCUAUGGGAAUGGUACGUGCUUAGCCAACGCAACUCAUGUCAAAUCCUGUUCCGAAAUGGACACAAAGGCCACCUGCAUUAGAACUUGUGGAAUUGGAGUGAACGGCGGUAGUUGUCAAUGGAGGACGAAUGAUCUGCAGAUUCAUCUAACUCUGUAUUACGCAACGUGCUCACCUAACUUCACUUACUGUCCCGACGGGAUCUGUGAUCCACUUGAAGAGAUCGGACAACAUGCCGAGCACUACCUUUGCCCUCAGGAUUGCACGAAGCACGUUUAUGGAUCAGGGAAGCUCAAUGACAGCGGACUGGGAAUCUACUCAGGAGUAGGAGUUUGUAGUUGCGACGACAUGGGAAAAUGCUCUUGUGGAGCACCAGCGAAUUCCUAUCCGAAGAAGGAGAAGAAACCCAAAGUAAAACCCAAGAUCGAUGACAUUCAAUUAGUGACAGGAAGCCUAGACGCGACUACCAAUCAAAAUGGAAGGGUUUUCAAUGUUUCAACUCAUGUUAGGGACUGGGCAUCGUUUCAAUGUGGAGCUUCUUGUUUGAGCAUGGUUAUUGGAUUCCCACUUAUACUCUUCGUAAUAGUCCUCGUGCUGAUACUAACGAAAUGUGGUCAUAACAAGAGAUGCAAGAGGAAAUCGCUGCCUGAGGAAAGGAUAGCUUUUUCACCUGACAUCGAUCCUACUAAUGCAGAUCUUCCAUUGGUUCCCAUCAACAGUCCAUUUGUCUUCAAGACCGAUCCUGAUUCGAAAUGGGAAUUUCCUAGAGUACAACUAACACUAGAUAUUACUCUAGGAGAAGGAGAAUUCGGUAAAGUGGUUAAGGGUUUUGCUUCUGACAUCGACAAUCGACCAGGAGUAACAACAGUUGCAGUAAAGAUGCUCAAAACAGGUGCCCAUUCAGUAGAACUCCUAGCUCUCCUUUCGGAAUUUCAACUCCUUCAAGAAGUUUCCCAUCCGAAUGUAAUUAGGCUCCUAGGAGCCUGUACCCUUGCAACGGAUAAUCCCUUGAUCAUUAUCGAGUACGCUAGAUAUGGAUCGCUAAGAAACUACCUCAGACUCAGUCGAAAAAUUGAAUGUGCUGGACUUGACUUUACCAAUGGAGUCGAACCUGUUACAGUCAAGGAUAUCCUGUCCUUUGCUUGGCAAAUAUGCAAGGGUAUGUCCUACUUGACAGAGAUUAAACUAGUUCAUCGAGAUCUCGCUGCAAGGAAUGUUCUUUUGGCAGAAGGGAAAGUCUGCAAAAUAUCUGACUUUGGUCUCACCAGGGAUGUCUACCAGGAUGAUGCAUAUCUUAAGCGUUCCAAGGAUCGAGUUCCAGUGAAAUGGAUGGCUCCUGAAUCUCUAGCAGAUCAUGUCUACACUACAAGAUCAGACGUCUGGGCUUUUGGUGUUCUAGCCUGGGAACUGAUAACUCUAGGUGCUUCUCCAUAUCCUGGGGUACCUCCUCAGAACCUAUAUCACCUCCUAAAACAAGGGUAUCGCAUGGAAAGACCUAAGAAUUGCUCCGAAGACAUCUACAACAUCAUAAAAUCCUGUUGGGCCGAUGAUCCUCUAGCAAGGCCUGCUUUUAAAGUUUUAGUAUCUCAAUGGGAGAGGCUCCUAGGCAACAAUGCCAAAUAUAUUGAAUUGGAACAGAAUGCCAUUUCAAAUCCACUCUACUGUGCCGACAAUGAACAGGAGAUACCCAAUGUUGAGGUCCCAGAAGAUUGUCUAGAUCACCUCUGGUAUCCACCAAAUUCCAUCUUCUCCGACCCAGAUAAUGAUUCCAAUGUCGCCACAACGGGAAACAGUGGUCAGACUGACACAACAAACCUUACAGAUGCUCAGCCACCUAAAGGCUACGAUACACCUAGGCCCUUGAUUGAGACACGAACAGUAGAUCAGAAAAUUCGGUACGAAAAUGAAGUUACCGUUCCAACAACAACCAAAGGCUACGUGAACCAGCCCGAAACCUUAAGAGACAGUGAACCUACUCAGCUGGAUCCUAACCACUACGAAAGUCCUAUUGCUAGGGGGAAGUCCUACGUUGAUAUGACAGCCGCCAAUCCGCCUAGAAUUAGUGGGAUUACAAAUAAUCUGGAUAAUUCGAAUCUGGAUAAGAAAUUGUCCAAAGAUAUCUCAUUUAAGUUCUUCAGUCUUUUAGGGGAUUCCGAAGGGAAUGCAACGACUAUUGUUUAGGUUCCUUGUUUAGUUAAAUUUUUGUUUCAACAUUUGGAUGUUUUUGGGAAAUUUUAGGGGGUGAUUUCUAUUGUCUGGUGAAUAAUUCGAAGACGAUUCGGGAUUCUUUAGGUUCUAGGAUCCUUAAAAAACAGUUGGACUGGUAAAAGCUUUAGAAGGCCAUUUUAAGGUAAAGCAUUCCAAGUUUUCAGUUUCCUCGAUUUUAGGAUUCCAAAUUUGUGGGGCCUAACAUAAACCUGUAGCAGUUAGGCUGAAGUCUAAAAUACCAAAAGAUCCUAAAUUGUAAAUUUUGAGUAUUUGAGAGCAGUUUCAUUGGGAUAUUGAAUAAGGUUCCAAAAAUUUAAAAAAUAAACCAUUCCAGUUUUGAAGUUUUCUCGGAAACCGGACCUAUGGAACCUGAGUAAAUAAAAUCUUAACGUUUAGACAGAAGUCUAAAAGGCCUAGGGUUCUAAAUCGUAAAGUUUGAAGCUUUGAGAACAACUGAGCUAGGAGUUUUAACUAGGACUCUAAAAAUUGAACUAGAAAUAAACUGUUGCAGGUUUCAAACUUUCUCAAAGACGAAAAUGAACCUAUGUAACCUGAGUACAUAAAAUGCUAACAUUUAGACAGAAGUCUAAAAGGCCUGGGGAUCCUAAAUCGUAAAGUUUGAAGCUUUGAGUACAACUGGGCUAGCAAUUUUAACUAGGAUCCUAAAAAUUGAACUGGCAAUAAACUGUUCCAGGUUUCACAUUUUCUCAAAGAGGAAACUGAACCUGUGGAACCUGAGUAGAUACAAAUAGCAUUUAGGAAUAAGUUGUUUAAAGGGUCUAGCGAUCCUAAAUCAUAGAUUUUGAAUCUUUGAGAACACCUGUACCGAUAGUUUCAAAAAGACACUAAAAGUUGAUUAAGGAUUUCAGGACAGCUGGAACCAAUCCAGCUUUAAAAUCUUCUCAAAAGGAAAAUCAAACUUGUGGAAUCUAAGAACCUAAAUGCAUAGAAUUUAGGCAAAGCCUAAAGGUCCUACGAAUCCUAAAUCAUAAAUUUUGAAUCUUUAAGAACAACUGGACCUGUGCUUUUUAAGGCUCUAAAAGUUGAUCUAAGAACAAACCUAGAUCAACUUUUAAAUAUUUCUGUAUUACGGAAUGGAACCUGUGGAACCUAAACACAGAAAAAAAUAAUUUUAAGCCAAAAAUUGAAGUAGAAAUUAAAUUGUCUUUUAACAACUCGGAUUUGUUAAUUUCUAAGCUUGAAGAUUGAAAAUUUGUCACACAUUUAAUUUUAAUUUCCUAAGGUAAGUGACCUUGGAUCAUUCUUCCUAAACUUUUUCCAAGGUUAAGUAUUCAAAAGCCUCUAGAAAGCGUAUUUCCCAACCGAAUGGGACAAAUUUGGAUUCGUUGGAAAGGUCUUCGAAUUCCCAAUAAAUCUGAAUCGGUUUCAACCGGUUAUGAAUCGGUAAUAAACCGAUUUGAUUGAAAAUUCAAUUUUUGACGAAAAUGCCUCCUAAAUUUUUCCCAAAGUAAUUUUUAAAAAUUUGUUACAUUAUACAUAAAAUAAUGGCUGUAUUUAAUGUGAUUUUCUUAAGAAACCUGAGAUUCGAAUUCUCUUCAUUUCGUAAACUUUCUUUUUAAGAACUUUUGUGCGUGGUAAGAGAUUUUUGUGGGCGGAUGGGGGGUUGCAGAGGACCAGGAAGGUGGUGUCAACACGUCAGUACUUGAAUAGUCUUAAGGAAUAUCACCCAUUAACUAAUCUCUCGAUGUAAAUGUGCUUUGAAAACCUCGAAUUGCAUGGAAACAAAAAUAAAGAAAAAAAGAGAUUGUGAAA